CAGAGAACUGUAAUCCGGAAGUGAAUACGUAGCUGUCUACAAAUAGAAAGGUCGCUAUCUCAUUUUGAAGUUCUGGAUUUCCCAUGGCCACCACUCCAUCGGUGACACUUGCGCAGAACGCUAUUACUUUUGGCAGAGUUUUACAUUACGAGACUUCACUAAAUGAAGAAGCGAUCAUCAAGAUGACCACACCGCCAGCAAUGACAGCAACAACUACAACAGAAAGCUGAUAACCUAAAAACAAUACAAUAGCAGGCGGGUCGUUAUUGACAAUGUCUCAACAGGGUUCAGUCGACCUUGACCAAACAGAGGUCAAGGAUCUGUAUUUGACCUACUAUGAAGAGGACGACUUGCGCAUUAAAAAGACUAUCCUUCCUUUUCUUGAUAAAAGUGGAAUAUCUUACAAUGUUCCUGGAGACGAAGGAGAAAGCGGGCUUGAUGUCGAAAUAAUGCAUCGUAAUUUAAUACGAUGUCGUAAAACAUUACUGAUUUUGUCCCAGAAAGGCUUGGACAAGUACGUUUUCUCUCUACAAAUGCUUUUGUCCCUUGAAAAAAGCGUGGAAAGGAACCAGAUGAGCCUGAUUAUUUUGCUGAUAGAUGAAUUGCUGGAGGACAAGAUCCCGAGGAUUCCCCUCCUCCAGCAUGCCUGCCAUAUUGUCCUAGAUAACAAUUUACACGAGAGGUGCAUGACACAACUCUGCACGAUGGUAAAAGCUGAAACGACCUUGAAUGAACUUCUACCUGCCGGAAACUUUGCUACAGGGAUGGCCUGGUCUCAUUUCCAAGGAUAUCUUAAAAUCAUUCUUCCAGAACUGGCUACCCAUGUGACCAGAAGUAAGUGGUUCCAGGCCUUCCCCGGCCACAUGCCGGUUUGUCUCUUCAUGUUACUGCCUACCAGUGCCCACGGUCCGCCCAGCAUCAGUGACCUUGACCCCAACAUUCAGUAUGUCGGCACUCUCCAUAUUCCAGUUGCUGGUAGAGAAUUCACUCCGGCAGUGUAUAAAAUCACAGAGAAAAUCGGAGACCAAAAGACAGACUACUACUGCUGUGCUGAGUACCCAAGUGCCCUGUGUGCCUUGGGGAUCAUGGACAGACAAAGGUUAUGUGACUUCCGACCUCGUGAACGCAUGUUGGAGGUGGAAAGAUUUCACUACAAGCUUCAGGAGAUCAUCAACCAUGACAAAAACAGGGCCUGUAACGACUUGGCUAAAAGUCUGAUAUACAAUGAUGAAGAAAAGGGUGAGCAGGCCUUACCCUCUUACCAUCUGUUGCGGGCUAUUAAGGAAGAGGUGAAGAACAAGCUAGCAUGUCACCAGAAGAGUGCCAUUUACAAGGAUGCCGAUUUUAAGACUGAUGCCUGUCUACUGUAUAGUUCAGAUGACAAGAAAACAGCAUUUAAAAUCCGCGACCAUCUGCAACAACAGAACUUUAAAGUGACGGUGGCGCGCCCUGGUGUUCAAGGCGACCCCAUCAUAGAAGUUCAGGAGCGUGUUUUAGAGGCUCGUUGGGUUGUUAUGGUGGUAUCCCAGAAUACCUUGCGAUCAGUGGACUGGCUCGGCACCUUCCUAUCAGAGACGCUUAGUCUGAGCUCUGAUAACAAAGCCCUGCGUGUUUUACCCGUGUUGCUGGAUGUUUGUGGGACAAGCAUACCCCACUUUAUCCGGUGGGUUACGUACAUUGACAAAAGGCAGGAAGAAAAUUAUCUGGAGAGGAUAUCCGAAGCUGUUGCAGGGCGGUGUGUGACUCUCCAGUCCAGUAUACCUAUUGGUGACGUAGCGUUUGGCCUUGCCUGGGCUUUCCAUGUCAACUACCUACGCCACGUUUUACCAGAUCUGAAGGAGAGGAUUGAGAAAAGUUUGAAGAGCAAGGAGUUGAAGGUUGUGAUGAGUCAAGAACCGUACAAACAGACCCACGUAUCCAGUACCCUGUACCAGAUCAUACCUCGGUCAUGUUGCUGUACCAGCACCCUCACAGAGAAGAAAAGAGUAGGGAUAUCCGAACAAGAAAAGGACAACGUGGCGCGUAUAAAAGGCCCAUUUACUGUUCAUCCGAUUAGAAAAGAUAUAGCCGGUACAAUUGGGAGGGUGUUUCCUUGUAAAAUGUAUAAAAUUGAGAGUGAACGAUCGGACUACUAUUUCUGUGGCGAGUUUGUCACACCAGUCAAAACCCUGAAGGAGAUGAACCAAUCGAUGAUUGCCGGCCUAAGCAACCAACAGAUGUACAGCCAAUCACAACAGUUCAAAACACAGUUGGAAGCCAUAUUGAAAUCUCAGGCAACACUUCCUGCGUAUCGGGACAAAUGUCGAGUCAUAGAGUAUGAUGAUAAGCAAGAGGAGCUGUCCGAUGUUAUGAUGAACGCCAUCAAUGCUGAGCUGAGACAGGGCUCGGACAGGGUGAAGCGAUACUGGGAUUUUGUAGCUACGGAACAACAAGGUCGGAAAACGGACUGAAAGUGCUUUGGUGAUGACUCAAAUAAACAGCUGAUUCCUAUUUUUCAUAAACAAUAUAAACGUUCGUUUUCUUACUUGUGUAUACUCAUUAUAUGAUUUAAGGUGUUCCGUGCUUCCGUAUGUCUUCGGUACAGGGCAACAUAUCGCGAUAGGCAUAGUAAUUAAUUUAAACGCCAUUGGUAUGAACCACAUAGGCACUGUGUAACAAGGCAAGUUCCAUUGUUACCAGUCUACCUAGAUGUAGACAUGGGUACCGGGAAGAACUGAUGGCCAUUUAUUUUCGCGAUGAUGCAAUUUUCAUUAGUUUGAAAGGCAUAUACGUUAUUGCGAAAAUUUAAUCUGUGUAACUAUAUGUCACACGUAAAUAUGAUCCUCGAUACAAACACUUAAAAGAUAAAGUUUAUUUAUCGAAACAUUUUCUGAUGUAAAUUGACCAGAAUUUGACCUUAGAGUGACCUGAAUUUGACAUAAAAGUCUUGAUAUCAAUAAGGACCUGAAAUUGAACUGAGAUUGACUAGCUUCACCUGCAUUUACAUUGUUUAAGGUCAAUUUGCCCAAAAUUGGGUAUCUCAAACAGUGGUGCAGCUAAUGUACGGAUGGGAACAGAUAAGUCAUGGAUGUCUGUAAAUAAAAAUUAGCAAAGUUCAUUCACGUAGUGUUGCUUGUAGUAGCUAUUUACGGAACACGGUGAUAUUUGUUGAAAGUUGACAACCAGGAUAAUGCCAGUGAAACAGGAUGCAGGUCACAAAAGUUAAAUAGAUGUAAAUCGGAUCCGCUAUUACGAGUACAAAUCGCAAAAAUGUGGAGUCGCAAACAUAUCUGGCCAUACGAGAACCAUGUGAAGAACAUCGGGUUACUGUUACAAGGCAGACGUUGAUGUUCAGUUGUUAUGAAGUGAACCAAAUAGCAUCAUCUAGAUUUAAGUUUUAACUUUUCAUAUUGAUGAUUUCAUGUUAUUUCAUUAUGUGAGUAUGCUAUAUUAUAAAUUGAUGUGCAAUUGGAUAAAAUAAACAUAUGUAUGAUGUUUU